CCAGUAGAUCACGAGACUUGGACGAGGCAGCAUCUCUCACGAGCACCUAAGCUGUAACUUGGUGCGCGUUGAAUUGUUCCCUGCGAGUCGCACCGAGAGCCGGGCGAAGAAAAGCGAGAGGAUCUGGGUUGUAUCAUAGUGCCGGCGCAGUCAAGGAUCUAGGAACUAAGUGGUCCCUGGUGGGUUGCCGGCCUCGCCGAGCUCAGUCGGGCAUCUAGAGGAUCUAGGCGCUUCACCGGCUCAGUCAAGGAUCUAGUACGACCGAGCGGGUUGCGUGCGCGGCCGGCGCAGCAGGGAGGAGCUAAAGUACCGCUCAUACAAUAAAGAUAGCGUUUCAAGCGUCGUCGCAGCGCGCCUAGCGGCCGCCCGUGCGAACCGACAACAUGAGCGAACCCUACGAGAGGAACGGCGUCCAUGUCGACGCCAGUGCGGAAGAGCAGGACGAGAUGGUUGCGACGGAGCGCGAACUAGCCGAGGAUGCGCAAUGGAAGCGCAUCCAGCAGAACACGUUCACGCGCUGGGCCAACGAGCACCUCAAGACGGUCAACAAGCACAUUGGCAACUUGGAGACGGACUUGAGCGACGGCCUGCGGCUCGUCACGCUCAUCGAGGUGCUGUCGGGCAAGAAGCUGCCGAAGCACAACAAGCGGCCCACCUUCCGCUCACAGAAGCUCGAGAACGUCUCGGUGGCGCUCCAGUUCCUGGAGGACGAGGCCAUCCGCAUCGUCAACAUCGAUUCAAGUGAUAUUGUAGACUGUAAAGUAAAGUUGAUUCUCGGAUUAAUAUGGACACUGAUUCUACAUUAUUCCAUUUCCAUGCCAAUGUGGGAAGGAGAAGAGGAGCUGCAUGGAGAUGGAAAAGGACCAACUCCAAAGCAGAGGUUACUACAUUGGAUCCAGAGCAAACUUCCCGACCUCCCAGUUACUAACUUCACCUCCGACUGGAAUGACGGGCGAGCCGUUGGAGCAUUGGUGGAUGCAGUUGCACCAGGCCUGUGUCCUGAUUGGCAAGACUGGAAUCGUGAUGAUUGCCUGCAGAAUGCGACAGAAGCUAUGGGACUGGCAGAUGACUGGCUCAACGUGAGGCAGCUGAUCAGGCCUGAGGAGAUGGUGAAUCCCAACAUGGAUGAAAUGUCCAUGAUGACAUAUCUCUCGCAGUACCCCAAUGCCAAGCUGAAGCCUGGAGCACCAUUGCGACCCCGCACAAACCCCAACAGGGUGCGUGCAUAUGGCCCUGGUAUUGAGCCAAGUGGACCUGUUGUCGGAGCACCAGCCAACUUCACCGUCGAUACAUUCUCCGCAGGGAAGGGCCAAGUAGACGUCACUGUCGAGAAUCCACAUGGACAGCCUGAACCAGUUGAUGUCCGAUUCAACAAGGAUCACAACCUAACUUACACAGUCUCGUACACGCCACAACUGGAAGGGAGCCACAAGGUGUCAGUGCGGUUUGCUGGUAGGGAGAUCCCCAAGUCGCCGUACACCGUCUUGGUCGAAGGCCAUGCGGGAGAUCCCAGCAAAGUGGUGGCAUCGGGUCCGGGUUUGCAGCCCGAAGGCAUCAUGAUUAAUCGACCAACCUACUUUGACAUCUCCACUAAAGAUGCUGGGCGUGGCGUGCCGGAAGUCAUCAUCCUGGACCCUGCCGGCAAUAAGAACACUGUGCCUGUGAAAGUGCGCCAGACCUCACCAGACAUCUGGCGUUGUGAAUAUGUUUCUCCUGUUGUGGGCUUGCACUCGGUCAAUGUAUUUUUUGCUGGCAAACCCAUUCCGAAUAGUCCGUUUGGUGUACGCAUUGCUCCAGUGUUUGAUGCCAAGAAGGUUAAAGCAUCUGGACGAGGACUUCAACAAAAUGGAGUGAGAGUUAAAGAUGUAGCGGAUUUCAAGAUCUACACCGAAGGAUCUGGGGAAGGAACUCCUGAUGUACACAUCAUUGGCCCAGGUGGAGUUAAUGAGCCAGUGAAGAUGCGUAAAAUUGAUGGCUCCACAUACGAGGUUGUUUAUAGCCCUCGUAAAGAGGGUCGCCAUGUAGUGAUGGUGACAUUUUCUGGCCAAGAGAUACCUCGCUCACCAUUCGAGGUGAAUGUUGGUCCAUACAAAGAAACAAUGAUUAGAGCUUAUGGCCCUGGUUUGGUUGGUGGUGUAGUGGGCUAUCCUGCACUUUUCACUGUGGAAACAAAUGGUGAAACAGGAGCAUUAGGUUUCAGCAUCGAAGGUCCUUCUGAAGCAAAAAUAGACUGCCAAGAUAAUGGAGAUGGAUCUGCCGAUGUGCGAUACUACCCUACAGUUGUCGGCGAAUAUGCAGUUCACAUACUCUGUGAUAAUGAGGACAUUCCAAAGUCACCAUACGUGGCUCAAAUCAUCCCCCAUACAGACUUUUACCCAAAUAAGGUUGAAUGCCAUGGUAAAGGAAUUGAAAGUAAUGGAGUUCAAUCAGGAAAACCCACAGAGUUCAAAAUAGAUACCAGGAAGGCUGGCUCAGCACCACUGGACAUACAAGUUUUGGAUGCAGACUGUGCUAAGACUGAUGUGAAGAUUACUCCAGAUGGGAAUGAUCUUUAUACUGCUACCUAUGUUCCGAAGAAAGGUGGAAAACAUACUGUGCAAGUUAACUAUGGUGGUGUAGCAACGAGAAACAGCCCCUACAGAGUUUACAUUUCGGAACCAUUGAAUGUAUCCAAAGUACGUGUGUUUGGUCCUGGAGUCGAGAAGACAAUUAAGUCAAAUUCCCCAACCCAUUUCAAUGUUGACUGUCAGGAAGCUGGUCAAGGUGAAUUACAAAUAAAAAUGAUGAAUGACAAGGGUAUUGAAGUUCCUCUCAAAAUAACAGAUAAUGAAGAUUCCACUUACAUAGUAGACUAUGCAGUUCAACAACCUGGAAAUUAUGUUAUAAAUUUUACAUAUGGAGGUUUUAAAUUGCCUCAGAGCCCUGUAUGUGUCAUUGCUCAACCUCAUGUGGAUGUUUCAAAAAUACGUGUCGACGGACUAGAGCCAAGUGUCUAUGUUGACUCUCCAACUGACUUUGUUGUGGACUCCCGAGCAGUCUCAAAGCAAGAUGAUUGUAAAGUUACUUGUACCAUCACAAACCCAUCCGGAGUUAAAACAGAAAACCUCAUAAAACCACAAGCUGAUGGAACUUAUCGAAUAAGUUACACACCAUUUGAAGAAGGUCGCCACACCAUUGACAUUUUGUAUGAUGGCUUGCCAAUUCCUGGAUCUCCAUUUGUUGUUAAUGUGCGCCGAGGGUGUGACCCCAAGAAGUGUUGUGCGUUUGGUCCAGGACUCGAGAAUGGAUUUGUGGACAGAGCAAAUGCAUUUACGGUUGAAACUAAAGGAGCUGGCACUGGUGGUUUAGGUCUAGCGAUUGAAGGGCCAUCUGAAGCAAAAAUGACCUGUAAAGACAACCGCGACGGUUCAUGUUCUGUGGAGUAUAUUCCUACCGAACCAGGAGACUAUGAUGUGAGCAUAAAGUUUGCUGAUCACCACAUUCCUGGAUCACCAUUCAGGGUGCCAGUAGACAAGGCUGUGGAUGCUGGCGUGGUGAAGGCUUUCGGGCCAGGACUGGAACCCACCAAGUGCCGAGCAGGAGCACCUCUCAACUUCACCGUGGAUGCCACCAAGUCUGGGAAAGCUCACAUUGACGUGAAAAUUUCUUCUGACAAAGGACCUCUCAGCCAGCAGCCAAAAAUCACUGAUAAUGGUGAUGGAACAUACAGUGUGACAUACCUGCCACCGCCUGAGGGCAGCACCGUGAAGGCUAAUGUCACUUAUGAUGGAAGAGAAAUUCCAAACAGUCCCUUCCAAAUGCGAGUUCGGCCAGCAUCAGAACCUGAAGCAGUAAAGGUCGAAGGCAGUGGGGUUUCCAGCAAGGGAAUACCUGCAUCUAUCCCAGCAGACAUCAUUAUAGACACUAAUCAGGCAGGAAUAGGAGACAUAGAUGUUUUUGUCAAGGGACCUGAUGGCCACCCAAGGAAAGUGAAGCUACAGGAGAUAGGUGACGGCACUUACAAAGCUACAUACACGCCAGAUGACUGUGGAAGAUACAAAGUUCAUGUGAAAUAUAAUGGCAAAGAUAUUCCUCAGUCACCAUUCCAAGUUCAAGCUGUAGCUACUGGCAGUGCCGACAAAUGCAAGAUCACUGAAGGUAUCCAGCGAACACUUGUUAAUGGAGAAGAGUAUUGCAUCACUGUUAACACCAAAAAUGCAGGUUAUGGUGCUGUUACAUGUAGAAUACGUUCAACAUCUGGCAGUGAUGUUGAUAUUGACAUUGAAGAUAACGGAGAUGAGACGUUCAGUAUAUAUUAUACUGUAAAGGAUGCUGGAGACUAUACACUCAGUAUAAAGUUUGGUGGCCAACCAGUUCCUGAUGGGUUUUACACUUUUACGGCAGUGCCUGAGGACGUUGAGAAGCGCAGCGUCGCGAAGGAGUCGCAAGCGACCAAGUCCACCACUACCACCACCAGCACCAGCGAGCAGCGAUACCGCUCUGUGCACUUGGACAACAUCCCUUUGCCGACCACCGGGGGACACGUCACUGCUGAAGUGAAGAUGCCAAGCGGAAAAACAGACAAGCCCGUCAUUGAAGACAACCGAGACGGAACGGUCAGCAUCAAGUAUGAGCCAAGAGAGGAGGGUUUGCAUGAGCUGGCAGUUAAAUACAAUGGUGAACAUGUUCAAGGUUCCCCUUUCAAGUUCCAUGUGGACUCAUUGAGCAGUGGGUACGUAACAGCCUAUGGACCAGGGCUGACCCAUGGUGUGUGUGGCGAACCAUCAAACUUCACCAUUUCCACAAAGGGUGCAGGAGCAGGUGGACUAUCUUUGGCGGUGGAAGGCCCAAGCAAAGCAGAAAUAAGCUGUCAUGACAACAAGGAUGGCACUGUGUCGGUGUCGUAUCUGCCCACGGCCCCUGGCGAGUACAAGAUCUCAGUCAAGUUCGGUGACAAACACAUCAAAGGAAGUCCAUACGUCACCAAGAUCACAGGAGAGGGCAGGAAAAGAAACCAGAUAUCAGUGGGGUCCUGCAGUGAAGUGUCAUUUCCUGGGAAGGUGUCCGACGCAGAUAUCCGUUCACUAAAUGCAUCGAUCCAGGCACCAAGCGGGCUUGAGGAGCCUUGCUUCUUGAAAAGACUACCAAAUGGAAACAUUGGCAUAUCAUUUACACCACGUGAAGUGGGUGAACACGUAGUUUCAGUUAAGAGGCUGGGAAAACACAUUGCUAAUUCUCCAUUCAAGAUAAAUGUGGGCGAAAGGGAGGUCGGCGACGCAAAGAAAGUUAAAGUGACUGGAAAUGCUUUAAAAGAUGGAAAAACCCACGUGGAUAACACUUUCACUGUUGACACAAGAAAUUCAGGGUAUGGAGGUUUGUCACUGUCAAUUGAAGGUCCCAGCAAAGCAGACAUUCAGUGCAAAGAUAAUGAAGAUGGUACAUUAAACAUUUCAUACAAACCCACUGAACCAGGUUACUACAUAGUAAAUCUCAAGUUUGCAGACCAUCACGUGGAAGGCUCACCCUUCACCGUCAAGGUCAUUGGCGAAGGCUCCAACCGGCAAAGGGAAAAGAUCCAACGACAGAGAGAGGCGGUGCCGAUAACUGAAGUUGGCAGCGAGUGUAAACUCACUUUUAAAAUGCCAGGCAUCACCUGUUUUGAUUUGUCGGCAACUGUAACAUCACCGGGAGGUGUAACAGAAGAUGCAGAAAUCAAUGAAAUUGAAGAUGGCCUUUAUGCUGUUCAUUUUGUACCCAAAGAGUUGGGUGUACACACAGUGUCAGUGAAGUACAAGGAUAUGCACAUACCUGGAUCUCCAUUCCAGUUCACAGUAGGGCCACUGAAGGACAGUGGGGCCCACAGGGUUCAUGCGGGCGGGCCGGGACUGGAGCGUGGUGAGCAGGGUCAGCCGUGUGAGUUCAACGUGUGGACGCGGGAGGCCGGGGCUGGCUCUCUGGCCAUCUCUGUUGAAGGACCAAGCAAGGCUGAGCUCGACUUCAAAGACAGGAAGGACGGCUCGUGCUAUGUCAGCUAUGUCGUCUCUGAGCCAGGUGAAUAUCGAGUGGGAAUCAAGUUCAAUGACCAGCAUAUUCCAGAUUCGCCAUACAAGCUGUUCAUUUCUCCAGCCAUGGGGGAUGCACAUAAGCUUGAGGUGUUCCAGUUCCCAGAUUCCGGUGUACAAGCAGACAAGCCUGCAGCAUUUCUGGUCAGGAAGAAUGGUGCCAAGGGUGAGCUAGAUGCAAAGAUUGUCUCUCCAUCAGGGACAGAAGAUGACUGUUUCAUUCAAUCGAUCGACUCUGACACUUACUCUGUCAGAUUUAUGCCAAGAGAGAAUGGAAUCCACAACAUUCAUGUCAAGUUUAAUGGUGUCCACAUUCCUGGCUCUCCAUUCCGCAUUAAAGUUGGCAAAGAAGAUGCUGACCCUGCGGCUGUACACGCAUCUGGCAAUGGCUUAGGUGACAUAAAAACAGGACAAAAAACUGACUUCAUGGUUGACACCUGCAAUGCUGGCGCUGGAACAUUAGCAGUAACAAUAGACGGACCCUCGAAAGUGUCUAUGGAUUGUACAGAAGUGGAAGAAGGUUACAAGGUCCGAUACACCCCUCUCGUCCCUGGAGAUUACUACAUCAGUAUAAAAUACAAUGGCUACCACAUAGUGGGCUCCCCAUUCAAAGUCAGCUGCACAGGUGAAGAUUUAGCAGAAAGGGGAGCCCAAGAAACUUCUUCAGUGGUUGUGGAAACAGUUCAAAAAAUGUCGAAGAGCAAAGCAGCUGCUCCGAUUCUGCCACUUUUCAAGUCCGAUGCUUCGAAAGUAACGAGUAAAGGAAUGGGCUUAAAAAAGGCCUACCUACAGAAACAAAAUAUGUUUACUGUUCAUGCAGGAGAUGCAGGUAACAAUAUCUUAUAUGUGGGUGUGUAUGGCCCAAAGAGUCCAUGUGAGGAAGUGUUCAUCAAGCACAUGGGUCGCAACAACUACCAAGUCAACUAUGUUGUGCGGGAGCGUGGGGAAUACAUCGUGAUCGUCAAGUGGGGAGAUGAGCACAUCCCAGGCUCUCCAUUCAAGGUGGAUGUGUGAUUUAUUCAUGAAAUAUUGACACUGCCAAUUACAACUACUCAAAAUGCAUUAUCGAACUCAACAUUUUCAGCAGCGAAUAUGUGAAAUUUUUCAGUAUUUCAGUAUUUCAGUCAUGUCAGUUCAUGAGCAUGUAUUACACAAAUCAGUUGAACUUGUUUUUUUUGUUUUUUUUUUGCUAGCUAGAAUGUUGUAGUCUGAAAAACAUGUAUUAAUGAAGAAUGUGGUUAAUGUGUAUGCUGCUACUUCAAAAAUUAAUUCCUGUUACUUCUUCCGGAAAUACUGUUAUCAACAUUACAUCAAACAUUACUACAUCCUUCAAGACUUGUAAAAUAAAAGUUUUUUUUGUGCAGAUUAUUGACAGAACACUUUUGCUCGUUGUUUAGAUUAUUCAAAAUAUGUAUUGGUAAAACUUGAUAUGUAUAAUUAUUAAGUGAUUGCAGCAAUGUGUUUUUCAUCUGCUUGAGUGAUGAAUUUUAGUAGUUAUUUUAAUAAUGUGCAAUUUAAAAUUUGUGUGAAAUUUAUGGCUUGAAAAAAUUAGGGAAAACAUUAAAAAUAUUUUGAAAAUUUAUUUAAGUAUAAAUUGGAACAAUUCAAGUAUUGAUAAUGAUUUUUUUAUGUUCUCAUACAUUUUAAUAUAUUUAUUACAUUGUUUGUGGUAUUUAUUUUAUAAAAUUCAAAAUCACUUUAUUUACUAUACUGUACAAGCAAGGUCUCGAAUAUUGUUAUAGUGAUAGCUUACAACAGCAAAAUUAUUACAAAAUCACAAAAUGCAACUAUUGUACUAAAAAAAAAUCUGUAACAGUAAGUUUAAACAUAAAGUGGUAUGUUAAAUUAUUCAUGAUAUUUCAAUCAUUAACUGAGCAAGUUGAACAUUGUGAUAUCUGUUAUAAAACCAUCUUCAAUACAUCAUUAAUAGUAUUAAUUUAAAAGCAAGAUAAUAUAUGUGUAGGAUUAUGAUCAUUUUUAACUUCAUCAACUGUAAUAAACUACAUUAUGAAUUUAUUAACUAAUCCCUUGUGUAUAUAAUGUUAUUAGUUGAUGAAAGUUAAUAUAAAUUGCUGAAAAAAUUAGUGUUUAGGAAAAUGUUGGAUUUUUAAAAUACUUUUACCGAGUUAAAAAUUUCACAUAUAUAUGUGUGUGUGAGUGUAGUAAUACUUAUUUAAGGUUGAAUUGUUAAAAAUAUACAAAUAUUCAUCAUUUUGUAUUUGUCUUUAUACAUAAUAUAUACACCAGUUCAGUUCCCUAGAAUAAGUUUUAUAAAGUUUGUCUAGUAGCAGAAAAUUGAUUGUUGUUUUUGUGCAGAAAUUUAUUUGUGCUGAAUUGUAAAAUUGUAAUUUUUUUUUCAUAUUUUAUUAUUAUAAUAUUUAGUAUGUACUGUUAUUUCUUUUUAGUUAAGAGUGCAACUCAUGUGUUGUAUUGUUUUAUAUUUAUGAUAUAUAUAGAUAUAAAAAUAAUUAUAUUUUUGUAAAUAACUUAAAUUUUGGUUUUGGCCUGUAGGAAACAAUCCUAUAGUUAUAAAUAGUUUUCAAACAUUUGCACUGAAACUUAUUAAAAUUAUAUUUAUAAUGAUGCUGAUAAACAGUGUGAUUAUAAAUAUAUAUUUUUCAUAAUUACAAAUCUUUUAUCAGCUUAAUGAAUUUAUCAUUAUAAUUUUAAAAAAUAUAUAAAAUUGGUGCUAUUGCACCUAACUCGUACAAAAAUUAUAAUAAUAAUCUAUGGAAUGAAAACUUAAAUUAUAAAAAUUUCCUUUUCACCUAAAAUAAAAAUGUUGUAUUUCAAAUGAGUAACUAAAAGAUUUUUUGACAAAACAUAAUUAAUAUUGCAGUAGGUACUUUGUUUGUAAGUGAAGAAUUUAUUUAGAAUUAAAAAGGGGAGUACUAAGUUUAUGAUAUCACAAUGUUCUCAAAUUGCUGAGAUUAUAAUUUUAACAUAUCUAUAUUUAUAUAUGUUAUUAAUGCAUGAGAGGUGAAUGAUUUUUACCAUUGUUAUUAUUUGUAAGCUAUAAAUUGUCCGAUAGAAGAUGUUGAUUGCGUUUAAAAUUACCAAGCAGCAUACAAAAUUUAAAUUACUUGGUAUGUAUAUGUAACGAUUAUGAAAUUUCUAAGUGCCUUAUACUGAAGUGAAAAAAUACUGAUGUUAGAUGCUCAUAAUUUCAGAAUAAUUGUACACAGUUUUAAUAAAAAUAGUCAUAUUUUUGUAAUGUGACACGUAUUCAUAAUUUUUCAACCAAAAUAUACAUUGUAAAUGUAUUGUUAAAAA